UCCGGUGAGACCCCCGGCUCGAUGGUAGUUUUGCAUCAAGCCUUGGACAUAAGACACAUAACACUUGGCAAUUACAAAGGCCAAUUAGUGUAUGUAUUCCCUUGUCUUUCGGCUAUCAACGCCACCACAUGAUGCAUGAUUUAACCAUCCCCCUCAGUUAAACAAAGCUUCAUAACAAUACCCAUUGGUUAUGUAGGUUAUCAGUUAUGGUUCGGUUAUCGGUUAUGGUGGAUAAUUUGCUUACCCUUAGGUGUGACUAAGUUAUAUUUUGGAUAUAAACAGCAGUCAUUCUUUUUGUACUUCUAACUCAAUCUAAGUAACUCAAAUACUACACAUGUACAACAUCAUUAGUAUUGGAUUUGUUACAAAUUUAUAUUAAUUUUGUAGAACUAAAGUAGUAAAAAGUGCCUUUGCUUCUUGCUCAAGGUGUAUUUUUAUGUAAAAGGUGUGUUUUACAAAGUAGUUUGUAUGUCAUAAUUUUAAGAGUUCGAUUUUUUUUUUCUAUGAAUUAAUGUUUUUUGACUUAUUUGUUCUAACCCGAUCAUUUCUGACCUGACCCACUUUUGGCUCCAACUGACGAAAAAUUCUGGAAUCGUCACUGGACAAAGAACUGUGUUGUUGUAGAUAAUGAUUCAUAUGUAUAGGUGUAUAAAAUGCACUACAAUAUACAUUCAUAUAUGGUAGGAUGAAAAAGUAUGUUGGCAUGUAUAAAUUGUUGACUGAGGGUGGAUUUUAGAACAUCAUCUGGAAUCGAAGAAAAAAGGCAGAUGAAGGUGGUGGUAAGAGAAUCGACGAUGGUGAGGCCAGUGGAGGAGACACCAGCGGUACACCUAUGGAACUCUUGCCUUGAUCUCACUGCUUUUAACUUUUAUACGCUGUCGGUGUAUUUUUACCGGCCUAAUGGUGCUCCCAACUUCUUUGAUACGAAAGUGAUGAAGGACGCUUUGAGCAGGGUGUUGGUUGCGUUUUAUCCAAUGGCAGGGCGAUUUAAACGCGACCAAGAUGGCCGGAUUGAGAUCAAUUGUCAAGGACAAGGGGUGUUGUUUUUGGAAGCUGAGUCCGAUGGUGUUAUCGAUGAUUUCGAUGACUUUUCACCCACAUUGGAGUACUUGAAACUCAUUCAGGUGGUCGAUAAUUCGCUGGGAUUUGAAUCAUAUCCGUUGCUGGUCUUGCAGGUAACUUACUUCAAAUGUGGUGGGGUUUCGUUAGGAUAUGCUUUUGAUCAUCGGGUCUCAGAUGGGAAGUCUUUCUUUCACUUCAUGAACACAUGGUCCGAUAUGGCUCGUGGCCUUGACAUCACUCUCCCACCCUUCAUAGACCGGACCCUCCUCCGUGCACGGGACCCACCACGACCCGUUUUUGAGCACAUCGAAUACCACCCAGGUCCAACACCACUCCAAGCCCCCUUAGAUAAAACCAAAACCAGCUUCUCAAUGUUCAAGUUAACGCGAAACCAACUCGAUCUACUCAAAGCAAAAUCAAAGGAAGAAGGUAACACGAUCCGCUACAGCUCUUUUGAAAUUCUCUCGGCCCAUAUUUGGAAGUGCGUGUGUAAAGCCCGUGGUCUGCCAGACAAUGCGGAAAUCAGGCUCCACUUUGCAGUCGAUGGGCGGGACCGUUUACAACCGCCACUUCCACCUGGCUAUUUUGGGAAUGUUGUCUUCAGAGGUGCUGUUACAGCGACAGCAGGCGACGUUCAAUCAAAACCUAUCUGGUACGCUGCAAGUAAAAUCCAUGAUGCUGUAACAAGGAUGAAUAACGAUUAUCUAAGGUCAGCACUCGAUUAUCUGGAACAACGCCAUUGUCAAAAGCCGGAGGUUAAUUAUAACUACACGAAUCUUAUAAUAACUAGUUGGACUAGGCUCCCGAUUCAUGAUGUGGACUUUGGAUGGGGCCGACCCAUCUUCAUGCGGCGUGUAGGGAUCCCAUCACUAGGUAGGUUUUAUGUGUUACCAAGCCCGAUAAAUGAUGGGAGCUUAUCGAUCAUCGUUGGGCUGGAAGUUGAGCAAAUGAAGCUUUUCAGCAAGCUGUUAUAUGCAACAAUAAACGAUCGCUUUAUCAGUAGUUUAUAGUUUCUGGCAACUUGUUGUAUGCAAUACUAAAUCAGUAUGUAUCUUCAUUGCAACAAUAAGUUUCUUGCUCAUAUAUAGCUUGACUAAUUUGUAAAA